AUUUUUUUGUAAACAAAAUGUAGAAUUUAUUUUAGAUAAUAUCUUACUUUCUUGAUCAAAAUUAUCAGUAAUAUUUUUACCCAAUGUCUAAAAAAGAAGUUAUCCACAUACACAUUGGUCAGACUGGAGUGCAAAUAGGUAGUGCUUGCUGGGAACUGUAUUGUCUCGAACAUGGCAUUUCACCGGAUGGUGUCUUGGCAUUUUCGGAUCAGAGUGAUAACUCCUGUGGCGCCUUCUUCAAUGAAACUGGGGCUGGAAAAGUUGUACCAAGAGUGGUUAUGAUAGAUUUGGAGCCUACUCCAGUUGACGAAAUAAGAACAGGAACUUAUCGCCAACUUUUUCAUCCAUCAACUCUGAUCACGGGCAAAGAAGAUGCUGCCAGCAAUUUUGCACGAGGUUACUUUGGCGUGGGUCGCGAAAUGCUAGACCUGGCACUAAACCGUAUUAGAAUUGUGGCAGAAGAUUGUAACUCCUUGCAAGGGUUCAUGAUAUUCCGUUCGUUUGGAGGUGGAACUGGGUCUGGAUUCACAGCAUUAUUACUCGAAGGUCUCGUAAAGGACUACGGAAAGCUGUCCAAACUUGAGUAUGCCAUAUAUCCAUCACCAAGAAUAUCCCCUAUUAUUGUUGAACCGUAUAAUGCUGUGCUUACUAGUCAUUCAACUAUUAACACCACAGAUGUAUGCUUUAUUUUCGAUAAUGAAGCGUUAUAUGACAUAUUAUCAAGAUGUCUAGAUACACCUCGGCCCACAUACACUAACUUAAAUCGACUUAUAGCCCAGGUUGUUUCAUGUAUGACUGCUUCGAUGAGGUUCGAGGGUUCAUUAAAUGUGGAACUCGUCGAAUUCAGGACAAAUCUUGUACCAUAUCCUAGAAUUCAUUUUCCAUUAGUAACCUUUGCACCGUUUGUGCCGGCAACGAAAGCGAUGCAUGAGACUAAUACCACACAGCAAUUGAUGAUGCAAUGUUUUGAACCCGCGAAUCAAAUGGUCAAAUGUGAUCCGAGAGAAGGAAGUUAUAUGUCCUGUUGCUUACUGUUUCGUGGAGACGUUAAUCCAAAUGACAUAAACACAGCUAUAAAUCAAAUAAAAUCGAUGCGUACAAUCAAGUUUGUUUCGUGGUCUCCUACAGGAUUCAAGAUUGGAGUAAAUUUCCAACCACCAGUAACUGUACCUGGUGGAGACCUAGCUGCCCUUAUGAGGGCUGUUGUAAUGGUGUCAAAUAGUUCAGCAAUCCGCGGGGCUUGGGAGCGUCUUUGUAAAAAGUUCUCUUUAAUGUAUUCUAAACGUGCUUUUGUGCAUCAUUAUGUUGGUGAAGGGUUAGAAGAAGGGGAAUUUAAAAAUGCCCUUUUAAACAUAAGAGCACUGGCACGAGAUUAUAGAGAAAUGGAAGGCUAGAGAAAAUCUGAGAAUUUUACUAGCGAUUUGUAUUGAUCUAAUUUUGUAACAGUUUUAACUAAUUAAAAACGACGUGAGAUUA